AUGGACUUCGUUACAUUCGUGAAGCGAAUAAAAGAGGUGAACGUUACGAUGUUCUUCAUAGACGUCUCCUAUAAUGAAAAACGUGCAUUAAUGGCCCUGGUGGAAGAAUUUCUUGCCGACGAUGAAAUUAGUGAAAUGAAUAAAAUUCUGAACAAGAAUGAUGUUGUUCUGCUCGAAGAAGGAAAAAAUUCAUGGCUUGACAAGAGGAUGAGUUGUACAACCGCUGUAACAUGGAGCAAUUUCAAUAGUAGAACAUGGAAAUUGUAUAAGAAAACCGUUCGUCUAUCUUAUGCUCGAAUGAUGAUCGCUGGAUCAUUUUUUAGUGGAGCUCUGGAUUACGAUUCUGGAAGCGUACAGAAUAUAUUAAUGAUUGGCUUAGGCGGUGGAGUGAUCAAUAACUAUUUCAGCACCAUGGACGAAUUGAAACUGAAUCUAACUGCUGUCGAUAAUGAUCCGGUUAUGAAAAUUAUUGCGGAAAAAUGGUACGAGUUCAAGUCCACCUCAAUGCAAAGAAUUAUCGUUGACGAUGGACUUCGUUACAUUCGUGAAGCGAAUAAAAGAGGUGAACGUUACGAUGUUCUUCUCAUAGACGUCUCCUAUAAUGAAAAACGUGCAUUAAUGGCCCCGGUGGAAGAAUUUCUUGCCGACGAUGAAAUUAGUGAAAUGAAUAAAAUUCUGAACAAGAAUGGAGCCGUCAUUGUAAAUAUAGUGACUCGCCAUGAGGAUCUUGACCAAGCCGAUCGUGUCUGA